AUGGAUCAUUGCAUUGAUCUCACCUUUGGAUCUGGUGUUCAAAACACGGCCCUCGUAGUGAUCACCUACAAGACAUUUCUCGCCCCAAAACACAACUGGAACUCAGCAAACCCAUAUCGACCUCAGUUCUGCUGCUCGGGCUCUUCAAAUGAUCCCAAACCGAGAGCCUACCUCCCAGAGUUUCUGUCACAAGGUCACGAGGUCACGAGUCACGAGGUCACAAGGUCACAAGGUCACGAGGAUGGUCACGUGAUGGCUCACUCACUCACGCUCUCUUCGUCCAAUCCACUUAUCUCAUGUGAUGAGAUUUAUCAUCAUUCCCUUCAUCCAGUCCUUUUUGCCGAGAUUUUCCGAGUCAGUCUUCUUUGUAAAGGAGUAUCUCGAGGAGGGAAGUCCUGUUUCUUUUUCCUGAGUAAUUUCUCUCUUCUUUGCGGUCCAAUUUCCAACAUAAUGACGUGCGUUAGGCAGCCAGAGAUGCUGUGUUAUGAGUAG